ACAAUGUCAUUCAACAAAAUACAAACAACACGUGCUACCGACUACCGAGAUCUCAUUUGUCCCAAUAAAAUCGGUUAACAAUGACUUCAUUCAGAUCGAUAAACACUACCAAGUUUAUCCAAAGCAAACAAGACAGAACCAACGACUUUUCAUAUUGGAAACAACUGAGUCAACCGGUCCUGAUUAAAGAGAACAGUAACAUUGAUUACAUCGACUUCAGUCCAAUUCAACCGCACAAUUUUGCGGUUACGUGUUCAGUGCGAAUUCAAAUCUACAAUCCUAUAACGAAGGACCUCACCUCAACCUUAUCGAAAUUUCAAAAAAGUGCCCACGGUGCAACAUUCGGCAAAAAUGGCCAGUUGUUGGUGUGCGGGGACGAAGAAGGUUAUGUUAAGCUAUUCGAAACGUCCAGCAAACGAAGCCUGAGAUCAUUCAAAAAGCACACGGCCGCAGUACAUCGCACAUUCUUUACCGCAGACAAGCUGCACAUUGCCAGCUUUUCGGACGACAAAACCGUACGUCUAUGGGAUAUAUCGAACGAGUCCUGUGUAACAACAUUUGAGGAUGCACACACUGGAUAUAUCCGAGCCGGUUGCGUUAGUCCAGUGUCGCCAGACAUUUUACUAUCCGGAGGAUAUGAUAAUGUGGUGAAAAUGUACGACACUAGAACGAAUUCGGCAGUUUUUGAGGUCGAUCAUGGUUCGGCCGUUCAUUCCGUCAUGUUCCUGCCGACUGGUGGAAUUUUUGUUAGUUCUGGCGCUUCACACGUUAAAGUAUGGGACGCGUUCGCUGGUGGUAGACUGAUAGCGAUGAUGUCCACACACAACAGAGACAUAAAGUGUCUGCAAUUGGCAUGCAACGGUCGACGCCUGUUGUCCGGCGGAAUGGAUAGAAAAGUGAAAAUCUACGACAUGACAACUUAUCGUACCGUUCACAGUUUAGAUUUCCCGAAUGGCAUUACCAGUAUGGCCGUUGCACCCGAUGACGAAACGCUCGUCGUCGGAAUGAUUGAUGGCAUUGUGUCCGUACAGCGCAUGGACAGUGAUAGGAAGGUGAAGACACUUGAAAAGUCAAAAGUACAGAAAAUGGUUUCGAAAACUGACCAAAGUAUCGAGGAUUACCGACCGGUAGCUGAAGCUAAACAUAACAAAAUGCUAAGAAAAUUCGAAUAUUCGAAGGCACUGAAGGCCGUAUUUACGACGGAAUGUACCAAUAAAACACCUCACAUUACUGUCGGUCUAUUGAGCGAAUUGAUGCGUCGACAAGGUGUGGAACGGGCGCUGAGGGGUCAACCGAACGAGUUUCUGAUCAAAUUUAUCUCGUUCCUGAUACGUUACAUCGGCGAUCGCCGCUUUAUUCGAGUGCUGAUCGAUGUAUCGGACACUUUGUUGGACGCGUAUGAAGAUGAAUUCUCGUCACUGAGUGGGGAUGUUGCAAAGAAAUUCAUGGAAUUGAACAAGACACUGCGAAGGGAAGAAAAUCUGCUGAUGGAUUGUUUGGAAUUACGUGGCGCAUUCGGAUUGUUGUUUUCGGGGGCGAGUGUGGCCGACCAGUCGUCAGAUAUUAUUGAAUAUGGACGCGAGCUGAAUAAGUUGAAACCAUCCAAUACGGUUGAAGAGGACUUUGUAGUGAGAAUUGAUGAAUAAAAACUCGAUUGUCACCUUA